AGAGGGAUUGCAGCAGCACACCCGUGCGUAAAUGUGACCAUCCUCCUUGUGGUCUCUCCAUGCACCUUCCGUCCUCUCGAUCCUGCACGGGCGCUCUCUCAUCACCUGCUCGGCGGUCGCUGGUCCAAUUUGGACCGUGGAGUCCCGGGUGUCGCGGCUCGGCGCCCUCCUCCAGGGUUUAGGAGGAGGAGCGCCGGGAGCCACGUCCAGAUUUCUCCCGGGCUUCGUGAGCACCUCCAGCGAGAGUCAUGGCUCGGAACGCCGGGAAAGACGCGGCUCGACCCGCUCGCGGAUGCCCGUGAUGCGGGGUCUGAUUGCACCACAGAACACCUUCUUGGAAACCAUCGCCACUCGCUUCGACGGGACACACAGCAACUUUGUGCUGGGGAACGCCCAAGUCCAAACGCUCUACCCCAUCGUCUACUGCUCCGAUGGCUUCUGUGAACUAACCGGCUUUGCCCGCGGCGAGCUGAUGCAGAAGAGUUGCACGUGUCACUUCCUGUACGGCGGCGAGACCAGCAACCACCUCACCUCGCAGAUGCAGAGAGCUCUGGAUGAGCGGCGGGAGUUCAAGACUGAAAUCAUCCUAUACAAGAAGAGCGGUUCCAAGUUCUGGUGUCUGCUGGACAUUGUGCCCAUUAAGAAUGAGAAGAGUGAGGUGGUUCUCUUCCUGGUCUCGCAGAAGGACAUCACAGAGAACAAAGACCUGGACUUUGACAAUGAGUCCGACACCAAUGAGGAGACGGGCCUGGAGGUGCGACCCAUCAGCCGCCCGGCAGGCUUCACCAUGGAGCGUCGCCGAAGUCGAGCCGUCCUUUACCAGCUUUCUGGACAUCUUCAGAAACAAGACAAGACCAAGAGCAAGCUGAAUAUCAACAAUAGCGUUCUGGGAGCCAAUGCCAACCCGGUGCCAGAGUACAAAGUGGCAGAGAUCCAGAAGUCCCGCUUCAUCCUCCUCCAUUAUGGCACAUUCAAGGCCGGCUGGGAUUGGCUGAUAUUACUGGCGACCUUCUACGUGGCCGUCACGGUUCCUUACAAUGUCUGCUUCACAGCAGUGGAGGUACGAGAGGACGGGGCUUCGACAGCACGAAACCCGCCCAGUGUCAGUGACAUCUUGGUGGAAAUUCUUUUCAUGAUUGAUAUCGUACUGAAUUUCCGCACCACCUUUGUGAGCACGUCGGGUCAGGUCGUGUAUGACGCCCGCUCCAUUUGCAUCCAUUACGUCACAUCCUGGCUUUUUGUGGAUCUGAUCGCCGCUUUGCCAUUCGACCUGCUCUAUGCUUUCAAUAUCAGCGUGAACUUCGGGGUACAUCUGUUGAAGACGGUACGUCUCCUGCGCCUUUUGAGACUCCUGCAAAAACUGGACCGCUACUCCCAGUACAGCGCCGUGGUCCUCACCCUGCUCAUGUCCACUUUUGCCCUACUGGCCCACUGGAUGGCUUGUGUCUGGUACUUCAUUGGCCGCAGCGAGAUUGAAAGUAACAGCCCUGCCUCUUGGGAUAUAGGCUGGCUUCAUGAGCUUGCCAAACGUUUGGGCACACCAUACUUCUCAUCUCCGCUGACCUCCCUACUGGGAGUUUCCGAUUCGCCUCAAACCACCGUGACACCAGAACUGAUUAACUCCAGCCACUGGAACAGCUCUGGCCUGGAGCCAUUGACCGGGUCGGGUUUGUUCGGUGCAACCCAGUGGAACAGCAGCAGGUCCCGUUUGAGGGCGCCAGGCAUGGCGUUAAGCGGUGGGCCAUCCGUGCGGAGCUCCUACGUGACGUCGCUGUACUUUGCUCUGAGCAGUUUGACCAGCGUCGGCUUCGGCAACGUGUCAGCCAACACGGAUUCGGAGAAGAUCUUCUCCAUCUGCACCAUGCUGAUCGGAGCAUUAAUGCACGCCGUGGUAUUUGGAAAUGUGACUGCCAUCAUCCAGAGGAUGUAUUCACGCCGCUCGCUUUACCACACCCGCACUAAGGAUCUGAAGGACUUCAUCAGAGUGCACCGGCUGCCUAAAGCCCUUGAGCAGCGUAUGAUGGAAUGUUUCCAGACAACUUGGUCUGUCAACAAUGGCAUCGACGUCAGUGAGCUACUGAAGGACUUUCCAGAUGAGCUGAGGGCUGACAUUGCCAUGCACCUGAAUAAGGAGCUGCUCCAGCUGCCACUCUUUGAGUCAGCCAGCAGAGGUUGCCUGCGCUCACUCUCACUAAUCAUCAAGACGUCUUUCUGUGCUCCCGGGGAAUUCCUUAUCCGGCAGGGUGACGCCCUGCAAGCCAUCUACUUUGUGUGCUCCGGUUCCAUGGAAGUGCUGAAGGAUAACACCGUGCUCGCCAUUCUGGGAAGAGGCGACCUAAUUGGUUCUGACUGUCUGACUCAGGAAGAAGUGAUUAAGACCAACGCCUGUGUGAAGGCUCUAACUUACUGCGACUUGCAGUAUAUCAGCCUUAAAGGGCUUCGGGAGGUUCUCUGUCUGUACCCAGACUACGCCCAGAAGUUCCUUACAGAGAUCCAACACGAUCUAACGUACAACCUCAGGGAAGGACAUAGCGCCGAGGCUGACUGCGAGAGCAAUGGAGGGCUCGUGAAGAAGCUACCCUCCAUCAAGGAGGUGGAGGAAGGGUCCAACUCCGAAGGGGAACGCUCAGCUCUCCCAAAGAUGCCACCGCUGGCCAGACUGGGCCGAGGCCUGCGCUCACCCCUGCGUUCCCCUCUGCGCUCGCCGCUGCUCCCGCCCAGACCCUUCAGACCAGCGAGCAACCACGCUCGGCCAGCCGGCCUGCAGAUUCCCGUGGUGAGCUUCAGCUGCCUGCAGCCAGAGCUUAGCCCUCGCUUUGUAGAUGGCAUCGAAGCAGAAAAUCAAAGCAGUCCAGAUGCAAAGUUUGAUUUUUCCCCAGAAACCACGCGACAUUUUUUAUCCGACCACGAUUCAACCACAGACGAACACCACGAGGACGACACGAUGCAGGCGAUCACAAAGCUAAAACACGAGAUGAAGGCUCUUUCUCGCCAGGUAACCACAGUGAGUCAGGAGCUUCAGGAAAUGACCCGACUUCUCAAACCGCUUUUUCACAACCCCUCCACCUUGCUGAUCCCAAGCGCCGUAACCCCGCCUCCUAGCAUCUCCUCGCAGACCUGCUCCCCUGCGCCGCCGCUUUUUACCCAGCACGCAGAUGACCAACACCUUCAAUGCGUCCUGAUACCUAAACCGUCGUCCCCUCCGCUCCAAUUGGACGCUUGCAAGAGCACACACGCGACAGAGUUUGACCACCUUCACUGUUCCAAUUCACGAAUCAUCGCGCCUGGUAAUCCUGCAGCUAGGUCACCUUGCUCAGCUCCCUCAUCACUUCACAGUUCUCCACCUGAGCAAAAGUUAAUGCCGCUCCCCUCCUGGUCCUCCUCCAUCCCUUCUUUCUUAUCAUCCUUAACAGAACCAACAUCCUGCAGUUUGUCCCAGUAUCAGCUCCACCCUUUCUGCCAUUCUCACCCCCAGCCGUCAUUUUCCACACACUCACCCCCCGAGAUCGACAUCCAGAAGGUGACCAAGGGAGCCCAGCCACUGGAAGGCCUCCCAAGCCUGCCGGGAGAGCCAUCGCACCCCGCCCAGCUUAGCUUUGUAGAUGAGGGGCGGCCAUGAGUAGAAGCAACGAGCCACAAAUCGGCACUGGACUGAGAGUGGGAAACUGCAUGAAAAUAUGUGUGACACUGGCAUGUGAUUUUUACCAUGUAAAAAUGGGCCAGUGGAAAAAAAACAACCUUUCAUCAACAAAUCCCCAAACCACAAAACCCCAUAAAGAAGGCAACAACAAUGCUCAAGGAAGACAUUUAAAAAAAAAAAAAACUGUAAAAUUUUAUGAUCACCACAACACAACCUCAGUAACGCAAUAUAAAUCAGCAACAAAAAAAAUCAAUGUUUUUUAAAGAAAUGAAUAAAAACAAGCAUUUUUCAAUAACUUACCAUUGAUUAGGUUAGGCCAAGUCCAGUCCAGAUUCAAAACAUCAGGAUCGUUAUCAGACUUUUGCCAAAGCUGGUUUAUAAGUUGAUCAUUUCAAUCAGGUGUUGCAGGAGGGACACACCUUAGGAAGACCCCUCCCUCAUCAAAUUACUUCAUCCUGAAGGAGCAAGGACUCCCCCAAAUGGUCAAUUGGGGUAUCACAUUCCUGAGUUCAUGAUCAAAUUAAAUACAAACGGUUCAAACGGCAAUAGGAGCGUAAGUUGUAGCAUAAGUAUAGAUAUAGGGGAGAAAUAUGAAUAAACAAGCUUGAUGUGAUAGCAUUUACAAUUGUGGGUAUUAUGAUACUACCGUAUUUAUAAUUAUUUAUAUUAGCAUAUUGUAUCAUUUAUAUUGUCAUAUGUAUAAUGUGUUUGUUUUUCCAGAUGUUUUUCAUUUUAUGCACAUGAUGGAAGGAAUAAAACCACAAGCAAGCCAAACUACUGAGUAAAUGGAGCAUAUGCUGCCAUCUAGCGGACACACAGUGUAAUUGCAGCAUGGAAUAGGUUUCAUUGCUGGCCUAUCAAGCCUGAGACGCCAGAUCCGAACUUAGUGCAUUUAUUGCAUCAUAAAGCAGACAAGAAAAAUACAGUGUAGUGCAAACAUACUCCACGAUAGACCUGAGGAGGUUGAUAGUCUCAGCCGUGUUUCAGGGCAAUGCUCUACUUUGUAUUGCAUACAGAACCUCCGAGAAGAAAGUGUGCUUUGCGUUUUUUUUUUAGAACCAUAACCACGUUUGGGUGCGAAAGUUGAUAAGCAGGAAAUUACUGAAUGAUGUUUCAGUGGCACCUUGAAGUUGGAUCUCCGCAAACGUUAGGCAGCUCAGGCCCAAUUUCAUGGAAGCAAAGAGUCAGCUCAGGCAUUUUGGAAAACAUACUCAAAUUCUCGGCAGAAAAUAUAUAAGCUGUGUGCUUGAGUCUCGUGAGCUCCAGUAGGAUGCCUGUCACGCUUUUAUUUUAUUUAUUGUAUAUUAAUAAGAUUCCGCAUCAUGUUUUAUCAAAUUGCCGUUAAUAGGAGUACAAAGACCUUGUCACGAAUUUUAAUCAAGACCGCAUCCUGAAAUUUUUGUAAUUAUAUGUAUAAACAGUGGCUUUCCAGUUUGGCAUCCGUUAGCCUAAAUAUGUAACAAAAAAAAAAAA